AUGAUACCACGUGUGGUUCUUGUCGUUUCUAUACUCAUCCAUCUUGCCGGUCUCGGUCAAGCCUCUCCUGCCGCACGACGCUCGAGCCAUAGGCAGAUUGAUCUUUCUAACCAUGGCUCCAACUCCAGCGAGUAUGUUGAACCUCGAGCUAUCCUGAAGACACGUUUGCAUGUCACCAUUGUUGAAAGGGGCUCAAGUAAGACGGUCGAGACAACCUCUUGCACCACGACCACGCCGGCACCACAAACUACGACAUCAAGCAAGUGGGAGCAUAAGACUUCUAGUACGUCGUCUUGUACAAAUGAUGGAGACCACGAUGAUGACGGCGAUGGCGAAUUCGAGGAGGAAUAUGGCUCGACAGGUCACCAUGGCCAUCAUUCUCGUCCUCAUGGAAGACCUCACAAGGGAGAGACUGUAACGCAGACAGAGACGGAGACGGAAACCGAGACCGAGACUGAGACGGACUCUGCAACUACCACUGCCUCUAUCACACACAUGGUGACGUUCUCCAUCACCACGACUGUCUCAUCAUCUUCGAGCACCUCUUCUCCCUAUCCAUCCAGCGGCUCCGCAUCCUCUUCCAUCUUCAAGCUCAACAUCAUCCUCGCCAUAUAUCUCGUCUUCCAGUUCAUCUUCAUCAAGCUCAUCCUCCAGCCCGACUUUAAGUUCAACUUCAAGCUCAACUUUGAGUCCAACUUCAAGCUCAACUUUGAGUCCAACUUCAAGCUCAACGAUAACGGAACCAAGUCAUCCGCCGGUGCAACUGCCGGUAGACCCACCUUUUCAUCCCGGUCGUCUUCCCUGAGCGCCAGCGCCGAGAUCCCUGCAUCAGCAACCGUCACCAUCACUGUCUUUAGUGUGAUCACCUCUACAACGACUAUUGUCGAGGACCAGUCUGCCUCGUGCGCUGCGGGUGGCUCUGCUGGUAGCGAAACACUGUACACCUCAGACAAUAUUUCUGCCUCUGAGACGGGAAUCUUUGCUACUUCCUCGGAGGAAACUCUUGCUACCUCUGUUGCCGAAACUGCGUCUUAUUCUGAAACUGUCGCAGCAUCCGCCUCUGAAGAAUCUGCCGCCAACACUGCUUCGACACAGAACAACGAAGAUCAAAACUCAAACACGGCUGGGUUUUCUUUGACCGAAACGGGAAGCCUUUAUCCGUUGCCCACCAUACUUCCGGAUCCGAACUCUGAGGUCUCUGUUUCUCCCACCGAUUCCAUUAGCAUACCCGAGGGAAGCCUCAUUCCACUGCCAACCAUUCUUCCAGAGCCAAGCUCUGAGCUUUCACAGCCGACAUCCAGCGGCGCCUCUGAGGAGCAGCCCGAGCUGACCAGCAUAUCUGCGGGCGCGACCUACCCCGUCAGCCCUCUUGAGACCACUACCAGCACCAAGUCAAAGGCUGCAACUACAUCAGAGUCAUCUGAGCCCUCCGUGACCCCAUUCAUGGCUGUCACGGCCAUGGCGGCAAGGAGCAAUUCCGCGCUCAGAGGUGGACUGUUGGCUGCUCUUGGGGCCGCUGCCGUCCUGCUUUAA